AUGGCGGCGGCUAAGCCUGGAGCUACCACCGGCGGUGGGACCAACUUGCUCUUCUCUUCUUCAGCUAUCGAUUUUAACUUCACCGUGCCCUUCAUCCCGGUCAGCCAAGCUCCGGCUGCAACGCCGGAACCCGCUGUCCUGUCAGCCGAUGAUUCUGCAGAUGUGGGUGAAGAGGACAGCUUCUUGGGUCAGGCUUCUGCCAGCCCCAAUCCACCACAGACUUUCAACUAUUUCUCUCAAGUACCCAGUAGCAGUGAUCCAUUUGGAAGUAUCGGGCAGCCACCUUUGACAACUGCCCCCCCCCUUGGAGCACCAACCUUCUCCAGGCCUCCAACUUCGCUGCCGCUUGUGUCUGGGGCCCAGGAUGGGCAAAAUGCCUUCUCACCACACGUUCCCAAGUCGCAGUCCUCUUAUGGUGCUCCACCUGCUUCACAGGGGGGAGUCACAGCUUAUCAGACUCCUCAGCAGAGCUGUCCCCCACCUGCCAAUGUGUCUGCUCUCCCCCAUGGAACCUCUCCUCAGGGCUAUAACCCUUACCGGCACACCACCCUGAGCAGCAGAGCCAACCCGUACCUUACUCCACCGCAGCUGCAGCAGAGUCAUGCUCCUGCUCACCAGCCGUCCUCUGUGCCACCUGUCCAGAUGUAUCAGACACCCCCAGGACCACUGACAGAGUUUCCACAGGCUCAGUCACAGCUCCGAGCUCCCAGGCCAGCAGGUCCACUGGUCCAGGCACCUCCUGUUUUGCUGCAGAACCAAUAUGAGCCUGUUCAGCCACACUGGUUCUACUGUAAGGAGGUGGAGGACAAGCAGAUAUGGCUGCCCUUCAGCCUUCUGGAUUCUGCAAAGCUAGAGGAAGUUUAUAAUUCCGUCCAGCCUGACCCCGAGAGCGUGGUUCUGAGCACUGAUGGGGGUCGCUAUGACGUGUACCUGUAUGACAGAGUGAGGAAAGCUGUGUACUGGGAAGAGGAGCCCUCUGAAGUCCGGCGAUGCACCUGGUUUUACAAGGGAGACAAGGACAGCCGCUUUGUUCCCUACACUGAGGAUUUCAGUGAGAAGCUGGAGGCAGAAUAUAAAAGGGCUGUAACUACAAAUCAGUGGCAUCGGAGACUUGAAUUCCCAAAUGGGGAGACAAUUGUUAUGCACAAUCCCAAGGUCAUAGUUCAGUUCCAGCCUUCUGCCACACCAGAUGAAUGGGGCACUAGUUCAGAUGGUCAGGCAAGACCACGGGUAGUGAAACGUGGAAUUGAUGAUGACCACGAUGAAAUUCCUGAUGGAGAAAUGUCCCAGAUUGACCAUCUGGUAUUUAUGGUUCAUGGCAUAGGCCCUGUAUGCGACUUGAGAUUUAGAAGCAUUGUUGAAUGUGUUGAUGAUUUUAGGACAGUUUCUCUGAAGCUGUUGCAGACUCACUUUAAGAAAUCUUUAGAGGAACGUAAGGUGAGCAGGGUGGAAUUCCUCCCAGUUCACUGGCACAGUUCUCUGCAUGGAGAUGCAACAGGUGUAGACAGGAACAUAAAGAAGAUCACUCUGCCCAGCAUCGGUCGCCUGCGCCACUUCACCAACGAAACCCUCCUGGACAUCCUGUUUUACAACAGCCCCACAUACUGCCAGACGAUCGUGGACAAAGUGGGGCUGGAGAUGAACCGCUUGUACGCCCUCUUCAUGAGCCGCAACCCAGACUUCAAGGGAGGAGUCUCCGUGGCCGGGCACAGCUUAGGUUCCUUAAUUCUGUUUGACAUAUUGUCUAACCAGAAGGAUUUGGCUUCAUCAGUAAAUACUGGACCGUUCUCUGGUGUCAAUGGGACUGUGAAGGAUGUGGCUGUUCAUGAUAAGCAGAUGACUGAAGACACCAGUUCCUUGGGCUCCUCAAUUACUACUUCUGGUGAUGACCUUUGUGAGCCUGAAGUAGAUGAUGAUGUUCCUGCUUUGCAGAAGACUCUGGAAAUGCUUAGUUUGUCAGAGUAUGCAAGCAUAUUUGAGAAGGAGCGAAUUGACAUGGAGUCUCUGCUCAUGUGUACAGUGGAUGACCUGAAGGAAAUGGGGAUACCUCUUGGACCAAGGAAGAAAAUAGUUAAUUUUGUAAAAGACAGAGCAGCCAAGCAGAAGAAAACAGCAGAAAAGAAAGCAGUGCUGGCUGCCACGCUCCAGACUCAAGAAGAUGCCCAGAAAGCAAAAGAGACAGUUAGUCCUGUCUCCCCAUCAGAGUCUGGUCAGCUGCAUCCAAAGAGGAAGCUUCCAGUUGGUGCCUCUGUUGCUUCUGUGAGCAUUGACUAUGACUAUUUUGAAAUGGGAACUGGCCAGGUUUCUGUCAUUUACAGUGCACUGGACUUUGAACCAGAUAUUUUCUUUGCUCUUGGUUCUCCUAUCGGUGUGUUCCUUACUGUGAGGGGUGUGGAGAAGAUUGAUGAAAACUACAGGCUUCCAACUUGCAAGGGAUUCUUCAAUAUCUAUCAUCCACUUGAUCCAGUAGCUUACAGGUUAGAACCAAUGAUCAUCAAAGACAUGGAUUUAAAACCAGUUCUCAUUCCACAUCAUAAAGGCAGAAAAAGACUUCAUCUGGAGUUGAAAGACUCUCUGUCUCGUAUGGGAUCUGAUCUGAAACAGGGUUUUAUUAGCUCUUUGAAGAGUGCAUGGCAGACCCUUAAUGAAUUUGCACGUGCUCAUACAUCUUCAACCCAGCUCCAAGCAGAACUGGAGAAAGUGGCUAACCAAAUCAAAGAGGAAGAAGAAAAGCAAGUGAUAGAAGCUGAAAAGAUCACUGAAAGUCCAGAGCCUCCAAAAGAUGAAGAUGUUUUGGUGAAGGUUGGAAUGCUCAAUGGAGGACGGCGCAUUGAUUAUGUUCUACAAGAGAAACCAAUAGAAAGCUUCAACGAGUACCUUUUUGCUUUGCAGAGUCAUUUGUGCUACUGGGGGUCUGAAGACACUGCCUUGCUGUUUCUCAAAGAAAUAUACAGGACUAUGAAUAUCAAUCCUGAGCAGCCACAGCAUUGAUGUAGAGAAACAUGAACUUAGCCACACCUGCUGCUCCGCUGGACCUGGUGACAAUGCUUUGAGGCACCUCCAAUCGAUUUUUAUAACUACAAAUCACAAGAUAAACAUCAGACUCUUUUUUUUUUUUUCUUUUUCUCCUCUGCCAGUCCUGAACUUGCUCAGAUUCUACCUUCUUGUGUCACUUCAGACAAACUUCAGUUUUGAGCUGAUCAGCACUGCCAUUCGGGUAAUGGAAGGAAUGACACCAUUGUGAUCUUCAAUCAGCUGAAUUGUACAGUUGCCAAGUAUAAAGUGAUGGCCCAAGAAGUGAGGUUUUGGCAUGCAAAGCAUUGCUUCUCUCCUUCAGCUCUCCUGGCUCAGCUGGCUGUCAAACAGGCUUUGCCUGUCAAGGCAGCAUGUCCUUAUUAAAAAGGACUUGUUGGGAAGCAGCAAUAAUCUGCUUUUCUUGACACUUUUGUUGGUUCACCUUUGCAAAUACAACAUGAACUCUGCUUAUAACCAUCUUCAAUACAGAUUACACACAACAGAUUUACUAAAAACUACCACCCAGAAUCAUUUUCUUACUAUUGUAAGUGUGAUGGAGAUUAUUUUAU